UUUUCUGUUAAUUAAACAAUGAUACAGAGAGAAAGAUAGGAUUUUUUUAUUAUUAUUUUUAGUUGUUGGACGUUGGAGCUGCAAGAAUACAGUCCAGUUUUUUUUUUGUUCGGCAUUGGAGGAAAGCUCCAGAAAAUGUAAACCCCACCAAAAAGUACCACAAUAAAAAGCCAAAACGACAACUCUUUUCUAGUACCAGUUCUUAAUUUGGAGAUGCAUAUAUAAAUAUCUAAAUAUAUAUAACCCAAGAACAGGGUAAGAAAGCAAAGUCAGCACCAUUCCCACCGAGAAAACCAGCCCUUUUCCUCCGGUUGGCGGACGCGCCACCGUGACACGUCACACGAGGCCAACGAAUCUCUGACAUAGUUGGCGCCACGUGUCCUACAUGAAGCCCUAGCGGGACCCGCACCAGAUCUGAAAGCUUCGAGUACUUUACUUCUUCCUUUACCUUAUUCUAGGCCUGGCCUCCUCCCUAGCUAUAUGACCGCACGAACCCUCCUGAGAUAUCAGCCAAUAGGGUGCCUCCAUUUCUCACCGGCCUGUCAGAUGAGCCAAUCACCUCGAACUCGUAUCUGGGUUUGGUGCUGAAUCACACACAGUCACCGGGGAGCUUUUAAUUUUCGUGAGGAGAGAACCCAUGUCGUUUUUGAGGCAGAGAAAGGGGAAAGGUCCCAACCCAGAGCUUAAAAAUAAUGAUUUAAAUGAAGAUAGCGAGAAGGAGAGAGAGAACAGGGAGACAAAGCUGAGAGAAAUCGAGAGGAGGAGAAGGAAGUGGUCGUGUAUCGAUGGUUGUUGCUGGUUUAUUGGCUGUAUAUGUUCGACUUGGUGGUUUAUGCUGUUUUUGUACAAUACAAUGCCGGCUUCGUUCCCUCAGUACGUGACCGAAGCGAUUACCGGUCCGUUACCUGACCCACCUGGCGUGAAGUUGCGGAAAGAGGGUUUGAGUGCCAAACAUCCGGUCGUGUUUGUUCCCGGUAUCGUCACCGGCGGCCUCGAAUUGUGGGAGGGGCAUCGGUGUGCUGAUGACUUGUUUAGGAAGAGGUUGUGGGGCGGCACGUUUGGGGAAUUGUAUAAAAGACCAUUAUGCUGGGCUGAGCAUAUGUCUCUGGAUAAUGAAACUGGAAUGGACCAGUCAGGCGUAAGGGUAAGACCUGUAUCUGGACUUGUGGCAGCUGAUUACUUUGCACCAGGUUAUUUUGUCUGGGCAGUUUUAAUUGCUAACUUGGCUCGGAUUGGAUAUGAAGAAAAAACCAUGUAUAUGGCUGCAUAUGAUUGGAGAUUAUCAUUUCAAAACACUGAGGUAAGGGACCAAACUUUAAGCAGGAUAAAGAGCAAUAUUGAACUGAUGGUUACUACAAAUGGUGGGAAAAAGGUUGUAGUUAUUCCUCAUUCAAUGGGUGUUCUUUACUUUCUGCAUUUCAUGAAGUGGGUCGAGGCACCAGCACCAAUGGGAGGUGGGGGUGGAUCAGAUUGGUGUGCAAAGCAUAUCAAAGCUGUAAUGAACAUUGGAGGACCAUUCUUAGGUGUUCCAAAAGCAGUCUCAGGGCUUUUCUCCAUUGAAGCAAAGGAUAUUGCUGUUGCCAGGGCCUUCGCACCAGGUGUUUUAGAUAAGGAUGUUUUUGGUCUUCAGACUUUACAGCACAUGAUGCGGAUGACCCGCACAUGGGAUGCAACAAUGUCAAUGAUACCCAAAGGAGGUGAGACUAUAUGGGGUGGCCUUGAUCGGUCACCUGAAGGAUUUUAUGAUUGUACUGCAAAGAAGCUGAAGAACAAUGGCACACUAGCAAACGGCCAAAAUGGAGCAAUAAAUAAGGGUUCAACUAAGGGAGUGAAUUACGGGAGAAUGAUAUCAUUUGGGAAAGAUAUAGCUGCAGUACAUUCUUCUGAGAUUGAGAGGAUCGAUUAUAGGGGCGCUGAAAAGGGUAAUAACCUUGUGAACACGACAAAAUGUGAUGUUUGGACGGAGUACCAUGAAAUGGGUGUUGGGAGUGUCAAGGCUAUUGCAGAUUACAAAGCUUACACUGUUACAGAAAUUUUGGAUCUGCUUCAUUUUGUCGCCCCAAAGUUGAUGGCACGAGGAGGAGCUCACUUUUCUUACGGAAUUGCAGACGAUUUGAAGGACCCAAAAUAUCAACAUUACAAAUACUGGUCGAACCCUUUGGAAACAGAAUUACCAAAUGCGCCAGACAUGGAGAUAUAUACAAUGUACGGAGUAGGUAUUCCCACGGAAAGAGCUUAUGUGUACAAGCUAACUCCUCCUUCAGAAUGCUACAUUCCCUUCCAGAUAGACACCUCGGCAGAGGGUGGAAAUGAGGACCCAUGUUUGAAAGGUGGAGUUUUCUUGAGCGAUGGAGAUGAAACUGUCCCUGUUUUGAGUUCGGGUUUCAUGUGCGCAAAAGGUUGGCGGGGGAAGACUCGGUUUAAUCCUUCUGGCGUCCGUACAUACAUAAGGGAGUACGAUCAUGCUCCUCCAGCCAAUCUUUUAGAAGGCCGAGGCACUCAAAGUGGCGCUCAUGUCGAUAUAAUGGGAAAUUUUGCACUCAUAGAAGACAUUAUAAGAGUAGCCGCUGGUGCAACUGGCGAUGAGUUAGGUGGAGAUCGAGUGUUCUCUGAUAUUUUCAAGUGGUCCGAGGCAAUUGAUUUACAACUCUAACAUAUUACACGUUUUCAGUAAUGGCUACGUUCUUACUUAAACCCCGGAACUUCAAAAGCAAGACACGCAUGGUGAAUUAGAAAUGAAAAUGGUUGCUGUGUUGAUUAAAGCUACAGCUCUCAUUACAUAUUUUAGAAAGAAAAAAAUGAAGACAGUGAAGUGAGAGAGCUGGUUUCAGAAACAAGUUCAUCACAACCAGUAGUAUUCAUCUAUAGUUGCAGUCUUCAUUUUUUUGGGGGGAAGCACUUAUUCCUCGUUGUUAUCUGAUUGAAAUUCUUAUAUUCAAUUAAUUUAUUCUCACAGGUGGUUGCA